GUGAGAUAGUGUUGGACAACGACUUCUUUCUGGUCGCGUGUUUGGAUGACUUCAUAGAAAACGCCCGACUCUUCAUAUUCGAGACCUUCUGUCAGAUUCACGAAUGCAUUUCCAUUAGUAUGUUAGCCGACAAACUGAAUAUGAAUAGCGAAGAGGCCGAGCGAUGGAUCGUGAAUCUGAUCCGAAACGCACAGUUGGACGCGAAGAUUGACUCCAAGUUUGGUCACGUAGUGAUGGGAACUCAAGCCGUCUCUCAAUAUCAACAGCUUAUCGAGAAGACCAAAGCGAUGGCUAUUCGGACACAAGUCUCGUACUUAGCGGCCGCCGCGUCCACCACCGCAUUGGCCACAUUUGUGUUCAAUGUCGAGCCGAAAGAA